AAAAAAAAAAAAGUAAAAACCCUCACACUACACAACACAACACAGUCCAACUCCAAACUCCAAACCCCUCAUUGCAUUUGCAGAAGUAGAAGAAGAAAUGGCGAGGUGGUGGCGCUCUGCUACCAAUAACCUGAGGACCGCCGUGUCAAGCCACAGUUCAUCGCAGCCAUCAUCGGCCGGGUACCACACGAUCCAGGCAAUCCCUAGGGAGUGCGUAGGGAACAGAGUGUCGUCGAGGGACAGAGCUCAGGGUCGAAUCCCAGCCGUCGUUAUUUCCCAGCACCUCCUCCAGAAAGACUCCACAGCCCCACGAUCCAUGUCCAGGAAGCACCUGGUCACCACUGAGUGGAAGCAGAUUCAAGCCAUUCUCAAGUCCGUUGAGCUCCCAUUUUUCUGCUCCACCACUUUCCCGCUCCAGAUCCGAGCCGGUUCCGGAUCCUCUCACCUAAUUGAAUCCGGCACCGUCCUACCCAUCAAGAUUCAUAGGGACGAAGCUACUGGGAAGGUAUUGAAUUUGGUGUUUGUUUGGGCCGACGACGGGUCGGAGUUGAAGGUUGAUGUGCCCGUUGUUUUCAAAGGAGAAGAUGUUUGUCCAGGUCUUCAGAAAGGUGGCCAUUUGAAUAGGGUAAGAACUCGUCUAAAAUAUCUUUGUCCGGCUGAACUCAUUCCUCCCAAAAUUGAGGUGGACGUGAGCAAUCUAGAUAUCGGAGAUAGAAUUUUCAUGCAUGAUGUUGAGGUUCAUCCAUCCUUGAAGCUUCUGAGUAAGAAUGAAAACAUGCCAAUAUGUAAGAUAGUAGCCACGAAGUGGGAAAAUCCAGAACCUGCCAGUUUAUAGGCAAUGAAGCACAACUUGAAUGGCCAUUUCUGAUUUGCUUGUCAUGACUUACAGCAAGAAGCACUUUAAGAAUAAGUCUGCUGCUUUGGCUAGGUUAGUACUUGAGAGGUGCUUUGGAAAUCUCAGGUAGACAAGAAACUUGACAUUGUUGUUUAGAAAUAGAGUUUAAUCAGACAAGAAGAUCUUACACAAUAUUUCUUUGUUGAAUCACUUGUUUAAUUGUAUGGGCAGUAAUGGUCAAGGCUGUUAGUGGAUGUCAAAUUAUUCAUAAAUGGCAGUUCCUUUUAUUUUUGGCCUGUGACUUCAA